CGUCACCAGCAUUUGCUGAGCGCCAUUCUCUUCCGCUUUUACUGUGCACUUCUUGCGCAGCAGUGACUUUUGAAGAUACUUUGAAUUCAUUGCGAUUGCCUUUCCUCCACUCGCUACUUGACGCGCAUUCCUCGCGUUGCAAGGUCAACACUGCAGCCGUCUUUCCAUGCCAUACUACAUCGAGCGACACCUAUUCUAAGAAUAACAGAUCUGUGUCUCAGGGCCUAGAGAAGUACAGCUGGCAGAGCAGCCGCAAAGAUGGCUUCGCCUUCGCAGCCGGUUCAUCCUCUGCGCAUCCAGAAGGGAACUCCAUCGCCCACGAAGCUUCCGCGACCUCUGUCUGAGCUUGCGCCUACUGAGAAGAGGAGAAACUCGCCCAGUUACAAUCAAGCCACAAAGAAGAUGGUUCUCAACACGGACUCAUCCCCGUUUCAGUCGUCCCCGUUCAAUUCGGAGAGCGCUUCCUCACCACGACUCUUCUGGCAAGGCCGCGAACCAACAACGCCCAAUCGAUUUAACUCGGAGAACUUGUUUGCUGGCAGAGAAACAUCGCCGUCUCCCACCCGAAGAUCCUCGAUCGAACGACUGCAGCGAGCUUCACGAGUCAAGAAUAGCAAUAUGUUCGCCCGCGAACAGAAGCAAGAGUAUGACCCAACAUCGGUGCCGGCAAUCGAACGACCUCUCGCAAAGCAGCUACAAGGAAAUGCGUAUGGGGGAGCGGGAUUUGACGGGCUGCGUUCAGCAGAGCGCGGAAAUCCUUUCGGUCACCACAGAAAUGAGAGCAAGAGCCACAUCCCACUUUAUAGUCCCACACAAACCCCACUCAAGGGCAGCACCGCAAACGGGUUACACUCACCCAGCAAAGACCAAAUCUCCCCCACAAAAUCAUCACUAGCUACGGGACGAUUCAAUGGCAAGUCCAGCUUUGAUUCAGAGAAUGGGGCGUGGAACGAGGACCCUUCAGGCGAUGAGCGCCAAUUGCCACCUGGCCGAACUCUUCACCGACAUGCCAAGAGCGUCACCUUCGAUGCAGCCCCUCCUCAAGUCAACGAGUACGAGAUGGCUACGCCAGAUAUGUCAUCUAUUGGCACCGGGUCACGCGAAAAUAGCUAUGAUUCUGGUGAGGAUGAAGACGAGGACAGCUACAACCGUGGUGAUUCGGUCGAGGAAGAUGAUAGUUUUGAUGCAUCACUUGAGGAUACGGAUAAAACACCCGUUGUUGGACCCGAUGAUUGGAGACAUGCUACUCCUGAGCAUAACAAUGCGACCAUGUCAGGGAAACUUGAAGACCCAUUCAGUGGACCUGAAGGGAGCCCAAUGCCGGAUGUUCGACCAUCGUCUGCCACAGGAAGACCUGCAACAACUCGCACCAAUUCAGCAGAAAAUAGACCUCUGCCACCUCUACCCGGUAUGAGCCAGCGUAAACGCAGUGGCUCUGCUUCCUCGGUUGGUCUUUCUGCGGCUGCAGAACGGGCCACUAACUCCCCAAGGAACUUGCCUUCCCCUCCACCAGCAGCUUCAGUCAGCAAGUCUGAUAUCCAAGGCAUGAGUGGUGGGAAAAUGUCCUUGGAAGAGAGACUCCGCUUGAUGAUGAUCCAAGAUGAGGACAAGCCGAAGACAGAGGCGGAAAAGCAGCGAGAACGCCGUAUGAGACGCGGAGGUCCGAAGGAGCGAAGCAGUGCCACCCCUGAACGGGAACCCAUCAAUAUCCACGAAGAUGAAGACACCCUGGAUGAUCUUCCUGAUUUAGGCACGUACCAACUACCUCCUCGCAUUUCGAGAGAGUCUAUCUUGCGCAAGGUCAAUGGUGGCUCUGACGCAUUUCCCCGGGAUUCGGAAUACAACUUCUCAUCUCCCAUGCCCAGCUCAAGCCCUGAGCGACAACUGCCUCUGGAUCCUGAUACUCCUAUCCCUUCUACUGAGGACCAAUCCAUUCUCGAGAAUGACGACAGCGUAAUCAUCAAGCGGGACCCAGGAGAAGAGGACGAAGAUGAGGUUGACGUCUAUUCUAUUCCGGAUAUGUAUCAACGCACAGAGUCGCGACUUGAGGAUUACAAUCAACAAGAUGGCGAAGAUGACACUGAUAGACGGUACUCCGAUUCGACGCCUUCAAACCCAGUUGCACAAUUGCAAUCGAACAGUGCUUCUGAGGAUGAUGGCCCACCAACCCCGCGCCAGAACAGCCCACAGCAGAACUCAUCAGAAGAUCCCGUCAAAACUGGAAAUAGAGGCUCACUCCCAGAAUUCACUGGCUUUCUGACUAACAAUGACUUUGGCUUGAGCUUGCAAUCAUACAUGACGCCUUCUCCACCCCUACCGAAAGGUGCUCAGUCGAACGAGGCACCCAAUAUGUCUCACGCGCAAGCAUACUUGCAGCGUCCAGAAACACCGGAGGAACGACCAAUGCCAACAUCAAGACCUGAAUAUGAUGGAUCUGGUUGGGGCCCUGAGGAAGAUGACGAAUUUGAAGUUGGGACUCCAGACUCCGUGAUUCGUCACAAUUUCGAGCCAUCUCCUGCCCGUGACUCUCCAAGCAUUCCUGAGCAAAUUGCAACAAUCAAAGCGUCUUCUGGCUCGAAACUGAAGACGCGUCCAUCAGCUACACCAUCAGAUCUCAUGGCCAUGCGAGAGUUAAGGCGCAAUGUCAGUGGCGAGAAACCUUCCGUCCCUCCGAUUCCAGAACGCCAUCGCAACCGCCCUCUCAGCGUGGAACGAGAAUUCGAAGAAUCUCCAAACGACGAAGGAGGAGUUGAGAGACAUUCAAGCUUCAAGAAAAGAUCCUUGACUCUGGACAUUGGCAACGAUCUCGGUCUGAGUCUUGAUCAAGAUUUCGACCGGGUGAUCGAAACCCAAAAGCGCGGAUAUUUAAUGAGACAGAAUACCAAGCUCGUGGUAGCGAGCAGUGACAUCGAUACUGGAGAUGACAACCGCUUCACUCGCUCGUGCGGUAAUUCUCCUGUGAAGAAGGAUCGUCCACAGUCUUGGACAGUCGAGCCAUGGAACGGCCAGAUGCGCAAGAACAGCAUGCGUGAUAGGUCAAGUCCUCGCAAGAAACCUGCAUCUGGCCCAAUGCCUCCAAUGCCUGGUCAAGACAGCAACGUCACUGGACUGGGGAUAGUGACCGAGGAAGCCAGCGUUGCCGAACCUGUUCCAGAAGAGGGUGCUGAACGAGGACGACUUUUCGUGAAAGUGAUUGGGGUGAAAGACCUUGACUUGCCUUUACCAAAGAAUGAACAAUCGUGGUUCAGUUUGACCCUGGAUAACGGCGUGCACUGUGUCACUACAGCAUGGUUGGAGCUUGGAAGAAAUGCCCCAAUUGGCCAAGAAUUUGAACUUGUUGUUCCCAAUGAGCUUGAGUUCCAGUUGACUCUCAACGCCAAGCUGGUGAAGCCGGCCCCAAAGCGUGUGCCUGAGUCUCCAACAAAGUCUCAUAAGUCAAGCAAAGCAUCUACCUUCAGCCGCGUUUUUGCAUCACCGAAGAAGCGGAAGGAGCUGGAAAUGAGGCAGAAGGAAGAACAGCAGCGAAUUGCUCAACAGAAACAGCAAGACGCAGUAGCGAAGAGAAUUUCUGUUCAGCCCACAGCUUGGGAUUUGCUAUCACCGCUGGCUGCUGAGGAUGGAAGCUUUGGUCGAUCAUAUGUCUGUCUCAAAGAUCACGAGGCUCGCUGCUACGGACGUCCUUACGUUGUCGAUGUUGCCUGCUUCAACGAAUGGGCGACUGAAGAAGCCAAUCAUGCGUCCAGCGUCAAGAGCAAGCGUGGAAAUACUGUCGUCCAACGACGAGCUCCUUACAAGGUGGCAAAGCUUGAACUACAACUUUUGUUCGUCCCCAAGCCCAAGGGUGCUACUGAUGGUGACAUGCCAAAGAGCAUGAACUCCUGCAUUCGAGAGAUGAAGGAGGCCGAGCUGGCGCUUGCACGGAAUUGGGAAGGCCACUUGAGUCAGCAGGGUGGUGAUUGUCCUUACUGGCGCCGUCGCUACUUCAAGCUCGUUGGAAGCAAGCUCACCGCUUACCACGAGUCUACCCGGCAGCCUCGUGCCACAAUCAAUCUUGCCAAUGCUUCCAAGCUCAUUGACGAUCGUCGCGCUCUUACUCAGAAAGAGACCAGUGGAAAAGGAGGUAAGCGACGCAAGUCUGGUUUCGCAGAAGAAGAGGAAGGCUACAUGUUCGUCGAAGAAGGCUUCCGUAUUCGCUUCAACAAUGGCGAGGUCAUCGAUUUCUACGCCGAUACAGCAACUGACAAAGAAGGCUGGAUGAAAGUUCUCGAUGCUUGCGUUGGUAAAGAGGGAGAAAAUGCGAAGGGGGGUUGGUGUAACUUGGUCCUCAAGCGCGAGGAGAGCUUGAGAAGAAGAAACGAGCCAGGAACUGCCCGAAAGACGUCAAGAAAUCAUCAACGGACAAAGAGCAUGAUUAUUUGAAUUGAGACGGCAACGAUUGAUUUUUGAUGAAUAAUGUCGGCAUGGCUUACGAUCCACGAUGUUGUUUCAACGUUUUCUCUUCGAUCAUGGCUCCAGGCCCCCGUCCGGCUUUAUAUGAUAUGGACUUCGCAGUCAGCUUGUCUUCCAGCCCUGGCGGCGUCUAUUUACAUACACAACAUUCCUUGAGGGAUAUGUUCUUUGUCAAAGUAGAUUGAAGAGUUUCACAAGGCGGUGAGAAAGAGAGAAGUCAUGGUGUCGUAUUGUGCUAUAGGGUGCGUUUGAGGCGUAAUUACUUGCUUUCUUGUUGUUUGGGUUAAGGAAUGGAUUGGUCUGUUCUUGUAUACUGGACGAUGAGGAAGGAUAAUGAAAGCAUUAAACUAUUCGGUGCGCAAGUGCAAUUGAUUUUCUC